AUGCUUGAGCUGCACAAAUCCUCGGACGAAGCUCCGAAGCAAUCCAACACUGCCGCCAGCACGCCAUAUCUCUGGAUCGAUGAGAGCGCGUCACCCUCACUGGCGAGCAGAGCGAUAUCCUCGCAGCAAACCGAGGUAUACACCGAUUAUGUGCUCACUACUUUCCCCUGCUACUUCCGAUGCACCGCGAACCGCGUCCCAGUGACCUGGUUUGACUUCGUCCACAACCGACGCGGGUCGAUGAACACCUGCUUCGACUGGGCACUGCGCGCAAGCACCACAGCAUACACCGGAACCCUGCACAAUGACCCGCGUUACACAUACGCAGCAAGGGUCUUCUACGUUCGCGCGCUCCGUAGCCUGGCCACGAUGCUAUCAAACGCUUCGACCGCGGCUUCCGACGACGUGCUGGCCACAAUCAUCUCGCUGACCUGCUUCGAGAUCCAGAACUGCACGAACCCCGACUCGUGGCUACAGCACGUCGCGGGUAUCAAGACGCUCAUACGCCUGCGGGGCGCCCAGGCGCACCUCCACGGGUUCGGCCGCGCCAUGUACCUGACCCUCCGGGGCCUAAUGGUGACAGCUGCGCUGCUAUCCGGCGAGGAAUGUCUCCUCCAGGAACCGGAGUGGCAGACGCUCAACAGGCAGAUCGCCGCCGAGAACGCGCGCUGCCCGGACUCGUUGGCGUACACCGACGUCGCGGAGCGCGCCUUCAGCGAGAUUUCCAAGGUCCCCGGGUUCGUGAAACGAGUCCGCGAGCUGCUCGUCCGGCCCCCGCGAGACAGGUCGGCGGCCCAGCCUGCCUUGCUGCGCGCCGUCCUGGCUACGCGGGCCACGCUGCGCGGCAUUCACACCGAGUUCGCCGUCGCGGUGUCUACGGCUCAGACGAGGCAGAACAAGACGCAGGGGUUCAUCGGCCCCGUGCCCUACCACUUCUUCGAUGGCUUCUUCAACCUCUACGUCCGGGGCAUCCGCUCCGCGUUGCUCAUUCUCAACAAUCUAAUCCUAGCCAUGGACCAUAGCCAGCGGGUGGCCAUCGAGGAGGAGAAUCGGACUCUGUCGGGGAGAAUCCCAGACAAUCAGCUCAAUCCGAAGACGGAAGCCUGCGACUCCUCCCCGCUUACGCCGUCGAAACCGUCCGGUAAGCCUGAUCUGGUCGUGCGGUCGCUGGUGAUCCCCACGCGAUCUUGCGAGCCGUCUACGUCGGAUUGGUUGGACCGGCUUCUGGCGACUAUGGGGAUGGAGGGUGUGAGGGUCACGUUAGUGGACUAG